UCGCGGGAGGCAGGGCCGGAUGCAGGGCGGGGUUAGCGUUGUUUUUCCGUGCGGGCGGCGGGUCCCGCUCCAGGUGGCGCCGCGGGCGGUGUCGGGGGUCCGGUCCCCGCGGGGGUCCCGACCUCCGCCUUGCGGGACCGAACGCAGUCUCAGGGCGCCCCCACCCCCCCCUCAGGACUGUUCGACAUAUCGGCUGGCUCCGAUAGCUCGGUCGCAGCCCUUUCGUAGUGCCAGGCAGGCGGGGAAGAUAUUUGGAAUAAAGCCACGGCAGCGGCGCCCCCACAGCCCCUGGCGUCUCCCCGGGCAGCUUCAGGGCUCCGGCUCUCCUCCUCCGAAGCGCCCCCCGCGCCUGGAAGUCCAGAGGAAGAUCGUUGGUUGGUUCUUUGGGGUCGCUGUGAUUGUGACCCUGAAAUCACUGACAUGGGAUCGUGGCGUGUGUUUCCUGGGCCAAGUGUUACCCGCGACCGAGCGCAGCCCACGUCGGACCGCAGCGUUACUCCGGCUUCCCGUAGAAAACGGGACAACGGCAAAGCCACCGCGUAUGUUAGUGUUUCUUUUCCGGGAAAAGCAAGUGCGGACGGGCCCGGCCGCCUGCCGACCUCAGCCUGCUGCCGCCACACGGAGUCCCGUUUCCGUCGUGUCCUCGGGAGCAGCGAGGGAGGGGACAGACCGCUGGCUUUGGGUUGGGGGGACGGGCGGCGGGGGGGGGAGCUCGGGCUGGAGGAAAAGCUGCCGCCCGCGUCCUUGUCCCGCCUCCGGCGUCGGCCGGGACGCGCACGGGCCCGGCGCGGGGCCCGUGCCGGCGGACGUGCGGCUCCCGGAAGCUUCUGACUCGCGGCUGGACGAGAACACAGCCGCCGACGCCCCGAAGCCCGAGCAGGUCCCACGGCUGAGGCGGAUCCUCGCGGAGCAGAAACCGGUUCCCCUCCGGCGUGGAGCGGCGCCCGGGACGCGGCACGUCUCCCGUCGCCUCGGCUCGAGGGCCGCGCAGCAGGGCCGCCCGUGUCCUUUCCCGCCAGGCCCGGCUUUGAGGACACGCGCCGGGCUCCGCAGGACGGGUGGGGACACGCUCCCAGGACCAGCUCUGACCAGCUCCCGUGCUGAAUAA